AUGUCCAGUGCUUCAGGAUCAGGUGGGCUAGCUACCAUUAAUUCCCCCACCAGUAGUCGAUGCGCAGAUUGCCCAAAUAUGGUUAUGACUAUAGCAGAUCAGCAGUUCUAUAAGAGGUUUCAGAAGAUGAAACCACUCCAGUUCCAAGGUGCGAUACCGGGUGUUCCAAGGAUCGAUUGGAUGGGCACUAAUGGUUCCUAUCCUAGUAAGUCUAUCUCCUAUAUACAUGCUCAGAGAUUGAUUGAUAUAGUGUGUAUGUCCUAUUUGGCUUUUAUUCGGGAUACGAGUGUUGAGUUACCUCCCAUGGAGUCUAUUCUCAUAGUAAAGGAGUUCGCCGAUGUGUUUUCUAAUGAUCUUUCGGGAGUUCCUUCGAAUAGGGAUAUUGAUUUUGCUAUUGACUUAAAGCCAGGCACUAAGCCCAUUUCUAUUCCACCUUAUCGCAUGACCUCGGCAGAGUUGAAGGAAUUAAAGGACCAGUUGCAGGAUCUGUUGAGUAAGGGGUUUAUUCGCCCUAGUGUGUCACCUUAG